UCAAAAGCACCAUGGCUGCCCUAGGCAUCACGGUUGCCCUGUUGGUGUGGGUGGCCACCCUAAUGUUGAUCUCUAUCUGGAAGCAGAUCUACAGCAGCUGGAAACUGCCCCCCGGCCCUUUCCCACUGCCCAUUAUUGGGAAUCUUCUCCAGUUGGAUUUCAAGAAUGUUCCCAAAUCUUUAACCAAGUUGGCGGAGCGGUAUGGGCCGGUGUUCACCGUGUACCUGGGCUCCCAGCGCACCGUGGUCCUGCAUGGCUAUAAAGCAGUGAAGGAAGCCCUGCUCGACCACAAGAAUGACUUUUCCGGCAGAGGAGAAGUCUUUGCAUUUGAGGCACACAAAAACAAAGGAAUUACUUUCAACAACGGGCCAAGCUGGAAGGACACCCGGCGCCUCUCCCUGAGCAUCCUUCGGGACUAUGGCAUGGGGAAGCGCGCCAACGAGGAGCGGAUCCAGAGGGAGGUGCCCUUCCUGCUGGCGGCACUCAGGAGGACGCAGGGCCAGCCUUUCGACCCUACCUUUCUCCUGGGCUACGCCCCCUGCAACGUCAUCUCUGAUAUCCUCUUCCGCAAGCGCUUUGACUACACGGACCAAACGGGUCUGAGGAUACAGAAGCUGUUCAAUGAGAACUUCAACCUGCUCAGCACCGGCUGGCUCCAGCUUUAUAAUAUUUUCCCGAGUUAUCUGUACUACCUACCUGGAAACCAUAGAAAAGUAAUUAAAAACGUGUAUGAAAUAAAAGGUUACGCUUCAGCAAGAGUGAAGGAACACCAGGAGUCCCUGGACCCCAACUGCCCCCGGGACUUCACUGACUGCCUGCUCCUGGAGAUGCAGAAGGAAAGAUACAGCACAGAGCCUUGGUUCUCCUUGGACAACAUUGCUGCCACUGUUGCUGACCUGUUCUUUGCGGGGACAGAGACCACCAGCACCACGCUGAGAUAUGGACUCCUGAUUCUCAUGAAAUACCCGGAAAUCGAAGAGAAACUUCACGAAGAAAUCGACAGGGUAAUUGGGCCAAGCCGAAUCCCUGCCAUCAAGGACAGGCUAGAGAUGCCCUACAUGGAUGCUGUGGUGCAUGAGAUUCAGCGAUUUAUCGACCUCUUGCCCUCCAACUUGCCCCAUGAAGCAAUCCAGGACACAAUUUUCAGAGGAUACGUCAUUCCCAAGGGCACAGUCGUGGUCCCAACGCUGGACUCCCUCUUGUUUGACAGCCAAGAAUUCCCUGAUCCAGAGAAGUUUAAGCCAGAGCACUUUCUGAAUGAAAGCGGCAAGUUCAAAUACAGUGACUAUUUCAAGGCAUUUUCUGCAGGAAAGCGGGUGUGUGUUGGAGAAGGCCUGGCUCGCAUGGAAUUGUUCCUGUUCUUGGCUGCCAUUUUGCAACACUUUAACCUGAAGCCUCUCGUUGCCCCCAAGGAUAUUGACCUCAGUCCCAGCGUGAUUGGGUUUGCCAAAAUCCCACCCCCUUACCAACUCUGUGUCAUUCCCCGUUCGGGUGUGUGAGGCACACGGGUCCUGGAGACCCCUGUCCUAGGCUCUUUGAUGCAGCCUGGGGUCUUCCUGCUCCCCCGCGUCCCCUUGGGCGCCUCCAGGAAGACCUUCCCCACAUGGCCUCAUCAAGCGCAGUCAGGGCUUCCUGGGGAAUAAAUUGGGCUAGGGAUGACGCUUUGACAGAAAAGUCCAAAACAGGUUGUGUAAAACUAAUUAAACAAAUUGAAAUAAUC